AUGGGCGCCACAUUCUCUCAGUUCUGGGCCCCGCCGCCAAUCACAGUUGGCUUGAUUGGUCUUCGCUCAGCAGGAAAAACAACCAUUGUGCAUACAUUGAGCGGAAAUCCAGAUCUAGUGACGCCAUCCGUUGAGACCGUCGAGAUCACCCCCGUGUACCAGGGAAACCAACAGUUCAAAAUCUUCGACUAUGCUGGAAAUCCGCACUGGAGACCUUGUUGGAGGAGUUUCAUGUCCAGAUUACAAGCCGUUGUGUUUGUCAUAGACAGCUCAGACAUCAAAGCCCUACAGGAAGCGAAAACGGAAUUGGCCGGGUUAUUGAAGGAAGAUAUGCUUGAGCAGCAGCCAUUUUUGGUGCUUGCUAAUAAGCAGGAUGAUUCGAAAGCCAUGAGCGUCGCAGAAUUGACUGAAUAUCUCGAUAUACAACAAUACCUUGACAAACCAUCGAAAUGCCGCGUUCAGCCUACGAGCGCCUUGACCGGGGAGGGGUUGGCUGCGGGUCUGGAAUGGGUGCGACACAUCUUGAGAGAGCAUCGCAACUGA